GUACACUAUAAAUAGGCGUUGUCCGUCCCGGAUCUGUCAACCACGAACUUGUAGAGUUGGCACAGUAAAGUGCUGUUGUAAUCUAAGUCGCGCCUUGCUUUUCACAACUCACAAAAUGGAUUUCCUUAACAUAGUGGAGUGGUCGACAAUCAUUUUCACCAUUCUCAUGAUGAUGUCAGGAAUACCACCAUGUAUAGCCAUGUACAAGACGAAGGACACAAAGCAUAUUCCAUUCUUCUUCUUCCUUAUCUGCCUCAUGAAUAGCAUGAUUGGACUCUACUAUGGUUCGCUCAUCGACAACGGCAUGCUGAAGAUGCUCAACUUCGUGGGCACCUCAUUGUGGGCCACCUACAUUUUCGUGUAUAUCUUGGUGUCUAAAGUCAAGAGUGAGCCUGUUUCCAAGGUAACGGGUAUGUUUGCCCUGUUCCUGUCCCACGUGGUGUACCUGGUCUACAUCGUGCAGCAACAUGACGAGAUUGUGGCCCGGCUAGGCAGCAUGCUGUUCCUGUGGACUAUCGUCUUAGUGUGUCUACCAGCAAUGGAAAUAGUGGAGGUUGUGAGACGGAAGAGCUCAGAGGGCGUGUCUCUCUCGCUACUGAUGGGGGGUCUCAUGUGCUCCUUCGUCUGGCUCCUCUAUGGGUAUAUGCUGAAUGACUUCAACAUAUACGCCCCCAACAUUCCCGGGGUCAUCAUCAACGUCACCCGCCUCGUCUUGUUGAUAACAUAUGGAGAUGGUGCCAAGAGCAAGGUUGAGUAACAUCCUCAGCAUCACUCUCCCACCCGUGCAUAAUAUAGAUGGCUGCUGUGUUUCCUGCCAUAUGCCUGGAGGUUAACAGGAGCAGUUUGAUUUCCAAGCAACAAAGUGUGAAAUGUUCUUAUUAUGGGUGUAUCGUUAUGAGGUAUAAUGCAUUUUAACCAUGUGAAGGCAUUUUCCCGAGACAAGGGCAUUUACUGACUAUGAAAGUCCAGUUUCCACCCUUGCUGAACUAGGCUGCAAUUUCCAGGCUUGAUUGUAGCGCCACCAGUGGCUAUUAUGAAUUAUGUCCCUUCAAGGUUCUUCAUUGCUUCAAACAUAUGGCGGCGUCCAGUCAAGAUGAUAUGCUCAAUAAUCAAGGUCUAUAUUGUAAUAAAACAGGUUUUACCCUGCAAAGUGCAUCAAAUAACGUGAGCACCAUGAUUAAAAAUAUGAAAGAAUUUGCAAAAUAUCUGUUGACGCCCAGUUGGCAGUACACAUGCUUUGCAAAUUCUGCAUGUUGAAAUCAAUGUUCCUUACAAACUGGAUGCCUAUUUCGGUAAGCAAUUUUGAUUGGACUAUGCAUAGACUCGUCAGUCAGACUCGUCAGUCCAGCCUAAACUCCAGAAUUGCAGCCUAGUUCGGCAAGGGUGGAAACUGGACUUUUAUAGAUGUGUGAAGCAAGUGUUUAUGAAAUGUAUGGCCUUGAAUGUUUGCACUGAUUAUUACUCACACCUUCCAGUUACAGUUCUUAUUUACCGGUCAAUUAUAUGAGACUCUUCAAGUGAGAGGAAGAUUUGUAGAUGGAUUACAAGAAAACAAGGUGCAGGAACUCUUUUCAAAACUCAUUCGAUGUGUUAAAUAACAAAGGAUGGUGUAUGAAAAUUGAUGUUAGUUUUUACAUUCCUGUUUUUGUAUUUUGAAACUUUUGGAUGAACCCAUUAUCAUUAUUAUUUACCAGCAUAUUAGCAUUAUUAUAUUCACACAUUUUAUCUGGACACCUGUGUUUGUUUGAUAUUUUUACUCAUUAUUUGUUUUAGUUGACUCUGGAGGAGAAAAUAAAACACAAAUAAGUAAUAAUAUACACCAGCAGACAUUUCAAUUAACAUCUUUAAAAGUGUGAGUGUUGUGACUGUUUUUCAUAUGUUGACCGGGGCGGUGGGGGAGCCUUGUGGAAGCCCAUUUCUGGAGCUCCUGCCCUGAUAUUGCUGGAAUAUUGCUAAAAGCAGCAUAAAACCAUACUCACUCACUCACACACUGACCACAUUACAUCUCAAUAGAUAUGUUAUAUAAUACCCUGACUGAUCUCAUUUUGUCUGUUAAAUGAAAAGGGUGACCAAACAAACCGUGUGGUAGUUUACUGAGGGACAACAGAAUUUAAGUUCCAUGUUAAGGCAGUGGAGAGUGCACCUGUUCUUGCUAAUUGGGAAAUCUGUCAUAGGUUCGAGAAAUGUUUUUUUGUCAGUCUUUCAUAUUUCAAGAGUAGGGCCACCCUUGAUGAUAAACCUGUAAUGUGAUAGCCUUUGUUAUGGUUGUGUCCUUUAUAAUGAUCAAAAGAUGUGUUUAUUAAGUGCAAGAACAAAUACUAUUUCUCCAAAACUUAUUGCUGUUAGCUGCAUUCGUAUUUGUGCCAAACUGUUAUAUGAACUUAUUAUAUAUGAUGAUGCAGAUUAGUUUAUUUGAAAUGUUUGUUGUUUGACAGUAUGUGCAAUGUUACUGUUACUGUUCCAUUCAAGAAGUGUCUGGAGUAAUAUAUUGAAACAGAAGUUAUCAUAUAAAUAUAUUCAUCACAAGAUUCUACUUUUAUAACAGGCUGUUGAUGAUUCUUUCUUAUAUUGUCAGUACAUUUCAUUCUUGAAAUAUACAAAAGUUAUAGAAUGAAUAAUUUCAUUCUAAAAUUUAAUGAAGCCCACAUUGACAAAACUUGUAAACUGUCAAAGGUUUGACCACCCUUUAUGUGUUCAAGGAGCUUGGCAGUAAGUGGUUCAAGGAUGAAGACAGUUGUUUGUAAACAGUGUUCUAUUUUGUAUGACAAUGUUCUACUUUGUAUGAUUUGGUCUGUGUAUAACUGGUCUGUAUAUUUUUUUUCCUGCUGUUUUAAGGUCUUUUUGUACACAGUUAUUGAUGGAUUAUUAUCAUGGCGUAUUCUUCAUGUAAUCUUUUGUAUUGGUGGAGAAAUAUACAUCAGAGUUUCUUAUACUCUUUAUUUUAUGCACACCUCACUUAGAAUACCUCAGAUGCUGCUGGCCUGUGUAUGUGUUGGAAUGAUGUUUGCUCAAACAGAAUUGUGCCGGUAUAUAUGACAUUUGUUACUCACAAGAUCCAUAUAUUUUGCAUUAAACAAUUGAACCAA